GAAAAACACUUUGAUUUUUAUGUUUCUUGAUCAUGAUUCAUACCUGGACUCCAUUCAAAGUGAAUGACGUACUCAAAAGGGCCUAAAACAAAAUGGGCAUCAUCAAGAACCAUAAUUUCAGACACCCUUGUUCACAUCUCCUGCUUCUGUAUUUUCUGAUCGAUUCCGUUUCAGCGGUUCUUGAUUUCCCGGCGAGCAGAGCAGAGCUGUCGGCGCGUUCGCUCGACGCGCUUCUCCAGGAACGUGCAUUCCGGGCGCUCCUCCAGCCGAAGACCGGCGUCCCCUACGACGGGAAUGUCCCUCCCGGGAUGGCUGGGAUCGGAGUUUCGGCGUUGCGAUUGAGGAGUGGUGCCAUGAGGAGGAAAGGGUUCAGAGAUUUCCAUGAAUUUACCAUCCCGGCCGGAAUGGUGGCGCAGCCGUACGCGGAGAGGAUAGUUCUUGUUUAUCACAAUUUAGGCAACUGGUCCGGCGUCUAUUACCCCCUGCCGGAGGGUUACAUUCAUCUGACUCCUGUUUUGGGUCUGAUGGCUUACGACGCUUCCAAUUUGUCGGCUUCAGAGCUGCCGGAGCUCGAAUUACGGGCAUCGGAGACGCCGAUGUUGAUAAAGUUCUCAAGAUUUAAGCCGGCGCCGGCGUCGGCGUCGCCGGCUUCCCCCAAGUGUGUGUUCUUUGAUAUGCGCGGUUCGCUGGAAUUUGACAUUGUUGCCGACGGGAACAUAUGCAGAGGUACAAAGCAAGGGCAUUUCUCGAUGGUCAUCGACGUCGGAGCUCCGGGAAAAGUGCCGGCGGCCAGCAUUGGAGACCGCAAAAACAGUAUGGAUAAGAAAGGAUUUAACAAGUUAUUACUGUGGGUAAUUUUGGGGACAACGAUUGGAGGGGUUGUGAUGCUGUGUUUGUUGAUCUUAGUAUUAGUUUGUGCGAAGAAGGGAAGUGGGGGUAAGGAGGAGAAGAAGAAGCGGAAAAUGGAGGAGGCUUUGGAACGCGAAGCACCAUUGCCGACGACCGCCGUGAGACUCGCUACGGCGACGGUGGCUUCAAAGACCCGGACCAGGCCGGUGUUAGAUGAUGAAUAUACUGCAUAGCUCUUAAGUUUCUAGAACAGAAAGUAAGACUGUACUUACCAAUAACGUUUUUACUUUUUAGCUUUUAGCUUUCUUACAUCAACCAUGCUUGUUGUACCCACCACUUUGUACCCACCUUAUACCCACCUCUGUGAAGGCUAUUUUUUUGUCUGUGAAGUCGGUUCACAGACAAAAUAUGUCUUCGAAUUUCUUCACAGACAAAUUUUGUCUGUGAAAGAAUUCACAGACAAAAAAAAUAACUUCACAAACAUGGGUGGGUACAAAAGUGGGUAUAAAAGUGGGUACAAACAUCAUUUUCCUUCUUACAUUUUGGCAAACAUCGUUUGAUUCUUGGUCAAUGGUGUAAUAAUAAUAGGGAGUACAAUGGAGUAGUAGCACAUAAAUAUAUACAACCCGUUUGGUAGCACG